AGCGCCGCGCGAGGCGCGGGGCCGCGCUCCGCUCCGCCGCUCCGCUCCCGGUCCCGGCACGGCUGGCAUGCCCGCUGGCAGCGCCUAGAGGAGCUCCCGCUGGCCCGGCAGGAUGUCGGGGAGCGGCGGAGUGCCGCUGCUGCUGCCGCUGCUGGCGGCCGCGCUGCUCGGUGCCCCGGGAGCCGCGCAGCCGGCGGGAGAAGCCGCCUGCCGCCCGGUCCGCGCCGCCUUCCAGGUGCUGCAGCCCGGAGCCAAGUGGGUGCCCGAGAGCCCCGUGCCAGGGACUGAUCUGCAGGUGUGUGUCCCGAAGGGCUCCACGUGCUGCUCCAGGAGGAUGGAGGAGAAGUACCAGGCAGCUGCCCGCCUGCACAUGGAGCAGCUGCUGCAGGCUGCCAGCAUGGAGCUGAAAUUCCUGGUCAUCCAGAACGCUGCUGUCUUCCAAGAAGCCUUCGAAAUUGUAGUGCGGCAUGCAAGAAACUUCACCAACAGCAUGUUUAGGACCUACUACCAGAGCAUGGGGCCCAGGGCUCUUAAAUUUGUUGGAGAACUUUUUACUGAUAUCUCGCUGUACAUACUGGGCUCUGACAUCAGUGUCAAUGAUAUGAUAAAUGAAUUUUUUGACAGUUUGUUCCCUUUGGUUUACUCCCACUUGAUCAACCCUGGCUUGCCCGAUCCCUCUGUGGAAAUGACCGAAUGUCUGCGGGCGGCCAGGAGAGACCUCAAAGCCUUUGGGAGCUACCCGAAGACGAUGAUGACGCAGGUGUCCAAGUCCCUGCAGGCCACUCGAGUCUUUCUGCAGGCUCUGAACCUGGGCAUCGAGGUGAUAAACACCACUGACCACCUGAAGUUCAGCAAGGAGUGCGGGCGGGCGCUGCUGAAGAUGUGGUACUGCUCCCACUGCCAGGGGCUGCUGCUGGCCAAGCCCUGCGCCGGCUACUGCGGGGCGGUGCUGCAGGGCUGCCUGGCGGGCGUCCUGGAGAUCCACAGCCUCUGGAAGGAGUACAUCCAGGCUCUGGAGGGGCUGACCAGGGGCAUGCAUGGCAUCUACGACAUGGAGCACGUCCUGCUGAGCCUGUUCUCCGUGGUGCGCGACGCCGUCGUCCACGCGCAGAAGAACGAAGGGAAGCUCUCGACAGCUAUCAGCCGGUUGUGUGGCCACGCUCAGCAGAGGCAGAUCCGAUCAGCUAAUUAUCCAGAAGACCUUUUCAUUGACAAGAAAGUCCUGAAAGUGACUCACGUUGAGCAAGAAGAAACUUUGUCGAGCAGGAGGAGGGAACUGAUUGCAAAGCUGAAGUCCCACAGCAGUUUUUACAGCAGCUUGCCAGAGUACAUCUGCAACCACAGCUCUGCUGUUCAGAAUGACACCCUUUGCUGGAAUGGACAAGAAGUCGUGGAGAGGUACAGUCCCCAGAUCACAAGGAAUGGAGCAAAAGCCCAGGCUGGCAACCAUGAGGUGAAGGUGAAAGGUCCAGAGCCAGUGAUCAGCCAGAUUAUUGACAAGCUGAAACACAUCAACCAGCUGCUCAGAGGGAUGACUUUGUCCCGCCGAAAAGCUCCGGGAAAAGCCGCAGAGGAGGAGGAGGAGAGCGGAGACUGCGACGAUGAAGAUGAGUGCGGCAGAGGCUCUGGGGACGGCGAGCUGCGAGUGAGGAACCAGCUCCGCUUCUUAGCAGAGCUGGCCUAUGACCUGGACAUGGAUGACAUCUCUGCAAAUAAGCAGCUUCUGAAUCAGCAAAGCAAAGAUGGUGCUGCAGUCCCCAGCAGCGACCCUGGCAGUGCAGCCACCCACCCCAGGCCUGCUGCUGGCAUUGCCCUGCUCCUCCUGCUGCUGGGCCACCAGCCAUGAGCAGUGCUGGUGGCAUCACUCCGUGUCUCUCCACGCCUUUUUUUAGUGAGGAAGAUACUCGGAACCUCUUCUCAAAUAUAUGCACAUUUCCAAAAACAGGACAAAUGCCUUGAGUCAGUUUUUCAAGACUCUUCACAGAAAAAAAACCCCAAUUUAAAAACGUGUUGGUUCAUGGCAAACUAGUAAAUAUCUAAUAGUGCUUUUUAAAGAUAAUCCUGUUAAAUAUAAGCAGGUUCAUAUUAAAUUGUGUUCCUUGCAGUUUUUGAACAUUGAGGUCUCCCUUGCUGUUAAGGUGACGACCAUAUUUCAUUUUGAGUUGUUCAAACAUGCAUGGGGUACAGAACACCUAUGGUUUAUGAAAUACUCUCUGCAAAUAUCAUGCCCCUGAUUCCUAGUUGACUUAAUACAGAUUUUUUCUGUAGAUCAACCUGUUUUUGUACUUACUCCAAAUUCAAGUCUCACCCCUGGGAAUCUGGUCAGGACGUAACAGAGAGCAUGUGAAGACAGGGGAGAGAGAAGAUCAGACACUCAGCAGGAGAAAGAUGCUGUGGAAGAGAAGCUGUCAUGCACUGGGAUUGAGGUGAAGAUCUGCUCCCCUGGGCACAAAGCCCACCUGCCCCAUGGCAAGUUGCAGGCGAUUUUGCUGCUCCCAGCCAGGUCCUGAAGCCCUUCAGUGCAGCUGGCUGAUCCCCACCAGCAUCCUGGUGGCACACGCAACAACCUGGUUUCAUUCUUCAGAAGUGAAGCACCUCCUUUCCCACGGGAAACCUGCAAGCACAGCUCCAGCCAAAGGACCGACGGCGGGGUGUACGCGCUGUGCUUGCGGGGUGAACAAUGACAGUCCAACGUGCUGUGCUGUGAAAGGGGAGAAGAAAAGGAUUUACAGCCUUUUACAGGAGCCUGAGGCAGAUGAGACUCUUACUCAUGUGUUUCUUUGCAUGUUCCUUUACAUAAGCUAUCUCUAAAAUAAAGAUUGGUUGCUCUGUAA